UCAUUGCUCCCUGCGAAACAGCAAACAUGGCCGCGCUCUUGAGAUCAGCCCGGUUCCUCAAGUUUUCGCCUUCGGGCUUGCUCCAAAUCGUGGGGACCGAAAGAAUCGGACCGCCACUCAGUCGGUUGUAUAGCGGAAGUGUCGGUGUUGGCACGACGGGAAUUUUGACCCGACGGACGCGCCCGAGUGUGAGAAACGAGGCCCGUCAUGUGUGGCCACAUGCAACGGGAUGCGUCCGCAGCUACGCAGUAGCCACGGAGAAGAACGACGAAGCCAGCACAGCAGUGCGCUCCAAGCAGGCCCAGCAGUUCGACUGGGCCUUGGCCAAGCUGGACACUUCGGUGAGGAGGACGGGCCGCAUCACCAAGACUUUGCUGCUGCGCAUCUUCCACGACAUCUGCAGGACAGGUUACCCGACUGGUAACGAGGCCCUGCUCCUGCUGCGGAGCUGUGGCUCUCUGCUGCCAGAAAUGGGCCUGGAGGAGCGCACAGAGCUGGCUCACCGUGUCUGGGAGAAGCUGAAGGAAUUGGGUGCACAAUACGACGUGAGUCACUACAACGCCUUGCUGAAGGUGUACCUGCAGAAUGACUUCAAGUUCUCGCCCACCGACUUCCUGGCCAAGAUGGAGGCCGCCAACGUCCUGCCAAACAGAGUUACCUACCAGAGACUCAUCGCAGCCUACUGCCAAAAUGGAGACAUCGAAGGUGCCAGCACCAUUUUGGGUUUCAUGAAGAGCAAAGACCUUCCCAUCACCGAAGCUGUUUUUAACGCGCUGAUAACAGGCCACGCGCGAGCAGGGGAUAUAGAGAGCGCAAAGAACAUCCUGUCCGUUAUGCGGGGAGCUGGAAUUGAGCCAGGUCCUGACACCUUUGUGUGUCUGCUGAACGCUUACGCCGACAAGGGAGACGCAGACGCCCUGAAGAAGACGCUGGAAGAGGCGGAGAGCGCCGACUGCAGUCUGAUGGACCGAGACAUCAUGGAGGUGAUCUACACGCUGGCCAAGGCUGGGCACAAGCAGCACGCCCCCGAAAUGGUGGAGCGGCUAAGGCACGAGAGGGGCUACGUUCCAGAUGCCAUGAACUUGUGCCUGAGCCUCAUCACGCAAGGCCACCACGACACGGCGUUCCUCAUCCUGAGAACCUUCCCCAGCCUGCAGUCGGACGACGUCAACGCCAACUCACCCAACUUUGGAAAUUUCUUCCUGAGGCACUGCAUCAACACGAACACGCCAAUCGAGGAGAUUGGCCACUACUGCAAAGAACUGCAGGGCAGCCAGCUGCACGCGUCGCCGCUCACCUUCGCUCUGUCAUGCGCUCUGGAAGCCAAGAAGAUCGAUGCGUCUUUGGAGCUGAUGAAGAUGAUGAAAGAACAGAACUUACCCAUCAGGCCCCAUUACUUCUGGCCCUUGCUGACACAGCCCGUCAAGGACAACAACGCAAACGGCGUGGUGGAGGUGAUGAAGGGCAUGCAGGCACUUGACGUCACCCCGGACCUUGACACCAUAUGUGGCUACAUCUAUCCCGUCUUCCCCAGCGUUGAAGCAGCGCAUCAGGCUCUCACGGAUGCAGGCAUUUCAAUGGAAUCGGAGGGUUUCAGAGCUUCAGAGAUUCGGUUUCUGGCUGCAAACAACCUGGCUCAACUCUAUACCUUGUUGUCGGACCCCUCGCACCCCCCACUGGACCUUGGGCUUUUCCGCAGCAGCCUCAUCCAGGGCUUCAGAAAGUCUGAUGACACGGAGAAUAUGGUGAAGAUCACCAAGCUCUUUUAUGAAGACCAGCGAUUCAGCAAAGCGCAAGAAAAAUCAGCAGACACGGUCGCUUACUUGCUGUACAAUCUGAUGGACGGCAUGUCGGAGAGCGAAGUGCAAGCACAAGAAGACAAAUUGCGGCGUUACUUCAACGAGCUGAAGGAGCAAAAUAUCAUCAUCCCUUCAAAUAUCUACAGAGGCAUCAGAAACCUGCUGGAGGCUUGCCAUGUUCCGGAGCUCAUCAAGGAUGUGAUCGUGCUGGUGGACCCAAAUGAGCGCGUGUCGAACGGCCCGAUGUCAACUGCACCCCGCCUGAGUGGCCUCGAGGGGAAGGUGUCACUUCUGGAGGCGAAGCUGGCCGAGCUAAAAGCGGAAAACAAACCGCUGGCUUUCACGCUAAAGCAAGUCAUCCAGGCUCUCUCGGUAGAGGAGAACCUGCAGCGGGCCCUGGAGCUGAAGCAGCAACACGAGGACGACAUGAGCCUCGGGGCCUACGCUUUGCUCAUCAACCUGUGCUGCCGCCACAACAAUGUGGAGGAGGCACUCAACCUCAAGAGGGAAAUGAGUCGCCAGGAUUCAUCAGUGGGACUUGAUGCCAACAAAUAUAUCGCACUUGUCAAUUUGCUCGCCAAGAACGGCCGAGUGGAAGAGGCCGUGGACAUCCUGAAAGAGAUGAAGGAGAAGGACGUGGUGCUGAACGACAGCCACAACACUAUGUUCUUCCACACCCUCAACGCCGCAGUGGCCAAAGGCGGCGCCCCUGUGGUCCAGCGCCUUCAAGACACCAUCUUCAUGCUGGGACUGGCCAAGCCCAACGCCAAUCUCUGCGCGCCUCUUGUUAGCGCCUACUUGGACAGCGAUGACCUGUCAGGAGCUCUCGACGCUGCGCUGGAAUGUCAGAAGCGCUACGGCCACCUUCCGCGCCUCCACGACAUCAUUGUUAGCCUGGUGGAGAAGGGCGACACGGAGCUCCUGCAAAAAGCCAUGGACGUGGUGAGCCAAGAGCGCGGAGAGAUGACCAUGCUCUACGCCCUGUUCUUCGGCUUCUUGCAGACGGGCCGCUACCGCGAAGCUCGCAAGAUCAUUGAGACCCCGGGGCUGAGGGCCAGGCCGGGGCGGCUGCAGUGGUACGCUGACAAAUGCAUCGGCAACCAUCAUAUGGAGGCCCUGGAGCAGAUGGUGGACAUGACCUCCAAGUUGUUUGAGUGCGACCGGGACGAGAUGUACAGUUACCUCCUCCGUCUCUGCAAGGAGACCAACGACUGGCAGAAGGCCGAGGCUGUGUGGACCAAGAUCCAGGAGGAGAACGUCAUUCCCCGCGAGAGGACGCUGCGACUGCUGGCCGAUGUCCUCAAGAGCAAUGGCCAGGAAGUGCCCUUUGAGGUGCCCGAGACUUGGUUCCAACAAGCCGCCAACACACAGCAGGUCAAAACAGAAGCGGCCCCCAGAAGUGUGGAAAGUGACGCCCAGUAUCAAAUGCGACUUCUGGCCCUCUGCAAGAAGGAUAAAGCCAACGAGGCCUACAAACUGUUGAUGGAAGCCGACAAACAGGGCAUGGCUUUGGGCCCCGCCUCCUACGACCACGUCAUUCGCUCCCUGCUGGCCGGAGGAGCUCUGGAGGACGCCAUGGCCGUCAAGGACGUCGCCCAGUCUCGGGUGCCCAACUUCCAGCUGAGCGACACUGCCAACAGCCUGCUCGUGGUGACGCACAGCAAGCGCGGCCAGACUGAAGACGCCAUGGAGACGUUCAAGCGGAUGCUGCACCAGGACCACGUGCCCUCGCAGCUGGCCGUCACCAGGCUGGUGCAGGCCCUCGGCAGCCAAGGCGACGUGGCGGCAAUUAGCGAGGUGCAAUCGCUCAUGGAGGGUCUCGGCACCAGCCUCAACGUGUCCGCCAUGUUGUUCACCAACAACACGGCCCUGGCUCACAUCAAGCGGGACGAUUUGGAGUCAGCCGUUGAGAUGCUGGAGGAACUUUACAUCAGUCCGGACAGCAAAGGCCACAGCAUGGCCUUUGUCUUCCGGAAGGUUUUGGAGGAAAACAAUGACAAAGCCGUCGACAAGCUGAGCGCCAUGGCUGAGCGGCUUGCCAACCACUUUGCCUGUUAUAGACCGGCUUCAGACCUGUUCCUGACCCUUCUGGACUUGGGCAAAGUGGAAGAUGCCAAGUUCAUGCUUGCUAGGGUGAACGCCUUGGCCCAGCAGAAGGAAACAAUGGUAUCCUUCCUGGCGCAAGUGUCUCGGCGGCCAGGACAGGUUGGCAAAAUCCAGACCCUGCUGAGUCUGAUCCCCGACUUUACUGAGAAGGAAGUGCUGUACCCUUACUUGAUGAAGUGUCACGCCGCGGACAAAGACCUGGCAUCGGCCAAGGCGUUGCACAAGCGCAUGCAGGAGGAGGGACUGGUCGUGGAUGAGCUGUCACUCAAGCGGCUGGCUGUCUUAUAUCGCCAGGCGGGAGAAACGGCACCCUUCCCUGAGCCCUCCGAGUCAUUCAAGUUCUACGCCGACAAAUUGAAAGAGAGGACGACAGUCAAAGCUCAACCCGAGGACAACUAAAGCCCUAACCCUGUCCCCCCCUUUGUCGUCAUCCUCCAUUUUGAUUUCUUUUUUUCUUUUUUUUUUUACACAAUGUAAGUGGUGUUCCGCUAUCUUGCCCUCUGCUAUCCACAUGACUGUGAUGACUGUGUACAGAAGUAUUUAUGCUAAUAAAUAAUGUUAGGAACCCACAUGUUGUGUUAUCAGUGCUGUGUAGAGGGAGUGAGCGUGCAAAAAAAGACAUUAGUUGCUCAUUUUUAUCAUCUAAUAACUGGAUACCACUUUUCCUUUAUGUUUUGUAUUUACCAUAGUUAAUAAAAGCUGAUGUCAUCA